AUGCCUGGAGGCUUUAGCUCCAAAGAGCGCGCUCGCUUGCAGGACUACUUGUCCGGGCGAUGGACAGGCUUCCUCAACAUCAAGCAUGCAGGCCACUAUCGAUUUUUUGUGUCUGCUGAUGACAGCGUUGAAGUCUUCCUGGAUGGGAACCUGCUCCUGCGAGAAACACGCUGCGAUGUGCACAGAGACCUCACAGCGGCAGUGAAUCUGCCGGCCGGAAAGAUCCCGUUCUUGUUGCAGUGGCGGCUUGACGGAAACCUUCGAACUAACGGGGACCAGCGAGUUCUCAUCCCCCCUUCAGCCUUCACCCACUUGGCGAAUGCCAACACCAAGCUCAUGACUGAUGCAUCUCACACCCGCGGAUGUGUCGGGAACACUGGCCUCGCAAGUAUGCCUGGCUCCAUCUUUGCGCCCAACGGCCAGGUCCAGGCACAGUUUCUGUACUGCACAGAAACUUGA